GCUCUUCCUUUUUUAUCUACUUGCUUUGUUUACUUUUUUCUUCCUUCCUCCUCUUCAAUUGAGUACAGAACUAAGUCUAAAAAAAUGAAUGAUUGGGCUGGUCCGAUUAUAGCAACAUCGCUAUUUGCAUUUCUAUCACCGGGAUUACUGUUUCAAAUGCCAGGGAAGAUUACGCCAGUUGAUUUCAUGAACAUGAAGACCAGUUGGGUUUCUGUUUUGGUUCAUGCUAUCCUCUUUGGUUUGCUUCUUAUUCUUGUCCUUGUUGUUCUCGAUCUCCAUCUCUAUGUUUAAAUUGCUAGCUAGCAAGUAGCAACGCAACAGAUGUAUAAUAUAAGAAGCUAGCACUAAUUAAACACGCUCCUUUCUCUGCUAUUUAAAUUGCUUGUUUUAAGGAGAUUCAUUUGAUUAAUAAUCUUCAGAAGAAUUACAACCUGAAGAAGAUGACCUUCAAUUAGCUAUUUUUGUAUUCAGUACUUUUAGUGGCUUC